GGGGGCCGGGAUCGUUGCCAUGGCAACGGCUUGACAGCCGUGACCGGAAGUGAUUGGGGGAGGUCAGAGGUCGGCGGUAGCAGCGGGAACAUGGCGGCAGUCCUGGCGACGCUGGGUGCUGGUGCGGUCGUGCUCCCCGGGGUGGCGGCUCCCUGAAGGGGCGAGGAGCCUCCUCCCGCCGCAGCGCGGCUGCCCCGUCUCAGGCAUGGUGGCCGCGCUGUAGGAGGGCCGGUAGCCGCGGCGAUGCCAGAGGAGGAGCCGCUGGAGGAGAGCCCUUGAGCUUGCCUGAGGAUUCGUUCAGUGUGUGUGAAACGUAGCCAUGGUGUCAUGGAAGGGAAUAUACUUCAUACUUGCACUAUUCUUGGGAAGUUUUUUUGGAAGUAUAUUCAUGCUUGGUCCUUUUCUACCUUUGAUGUUUAUCUCACCGGCCUGGUAUCGCUGGAUCACUGAUCGUGUUGUGGCCACUUGGUUCACACUCCCAGUGGCCUUGCUGGAAAUGGUGUUUGGUGCCAAGGUGGUUGUCACUGGUGAUGGAUUUGUUCCUGGAGAAAGGAGUGUCAUUAUCAUGAACCAUCGCACACGAAUGGACUGGAUGUUCCUGUGGAACUGCCUGCUGCGAUACAGCUACCUCAGACUUGAAAAAAUCUGUCUCAAAUCCAGUCUCAAAAGCAUUCCAGGAUUUGGCUGGGCGAUGCAGGUUGCUGCCUUUAUUUUCAUUCAGAGAAAGUGGGAAGAUGACAAGAGUCACUUUGAAGAAAUGCUGGAUUAUUUCUGUGACAUUCGUGAGCCACUACAACUCCUCAUCUUUCCAGAAGGAACCGAUCUCACAGCCAAUACCAAAGCCCGCAGUAAUGAAUUCGCUGAGAAGAGCGGACUUCAAAAAUAUGAGUACGUCUUACAUCCACGAACUACUGGAUUCACUUUUGUGGUUGAACGUCUAAGGGAAGGUGACAAUCUUGAUGCUAUCCAUGACAUAACUGUGGCGUACCCCCAAAAUAUCCCUCAGACAGAGAAGCACCUCUUGAAUGGAAAUUUCCCGAAGGAGAUUCACUUCCACGUCCAGAGAUAUCCUAUAGAGACAGUGCCCACUUCUAAGGAGGACCUGCAGCUUUGGUGCCGGAAGCGUUGGGAAGAGAAAGAGGAGAGGCUCCGACGAUUCUAUGAAGGCGGAAAGUGCUUCAGUGCAGCAGGGCAAAGCAUCAUUCCACCGUGUAAAUCUGAGCUCAGGGUCCUGGCGGUCAAGUGCACCUCCUUGCUGUAUUGGACGGUGUUCCCACUGGGUAUGCUGGCACUGCUGUACCUGUACAGCUUUGCACGAUGGUAUUUUGCAGCCAUGAUCAUCUUUUUUGUAGUGCAGCAAAAGAUAUUCGGUGGGCUAGAACUAAUUGAACUCGCCUGUCAUCGAUACUUCAAAAAGCAACAGAAACUUCACAAUGUGAAAAUAAAAAGCAAUUAGUUCCGGGGUGGAGAAAGCCCGGUGGGGGUGGAGAAAUGGGUGGGGUUUUGAGAUGCCCUGCAAGUUUUAUGCACAGGGAGGAAUUUUUGCAUGAGAAUUGUGUGUUACUAUCGCCAUUGUUAGACACUCACACUCAGUUCUGUGAAGAGAAAGAAGAAUGUUAGUUAUGGCUACUUGUGAAAACGGUAGGUUUUUUUAGUCUCUGAAUGUAAUUUCAACGUUGCUCUUGCAAGCAGCUAGCGACUGCCUGCUACUGUAAUUCAGAAAACAAUUGCUGGAUUGUAGAACAAUCAUUAAGGACGUUAGUUAAUGUGACAUGCACUGAACUUCCAUGUAGAAACCCAAACUGCCCAGCUAAGAGAGGAAGAUGUAUGAAUUCUCUAUAAACACUUUGUCGUAAAGUGAUCUCCGGGUUUGGAGAGGUGGUAAGUUUAAGAAUGUUUUAAUGGUAGGUGGAAGUUGGAAGAUAAGUUGUCCUGUUUUGUUUUGUUUGUUUUUAAUAUGUUAAAUAUUCAAACUUGCUUCACAAUUUUAACUUUCCCAAACGCUACUGAACCUGCCACUAUUCAGCCAUUCUGGCUUGGUGACUCUGAAGGGUUUUUGAGCCUUGGAGUCUUGUGUUGUGGUAUGGAAAACAGUGCUGGCUCUGCUUCUGUUUAAGUCUUAACUGAUUAUUUCAUAGACCUAUACAGCUAAGUUUUGAUUUCUUACUGUUUCGUUCUCCCUGUUAGCUGUGGGAGACUUGUUCCUAGUGCAGUGCACAGAGCUGCGGGAUCGAGGAACUGGCUUUUUGUUGUUUUAUCGCUGAGGUUUUUUUUCUCAUAGAGGCAAAAAUAAGUGUCUGUGUCUGAGUAGCUGGUAAAUGUUUUUCAAAAAGGCCUCCUCGUGGGCUACCUUUGGUUGAAAACAAGAUACCUAUUUUUGUUUAAUUUGAGCAUGUGUUUUGGUGUUCACAUUGCUUCCUUAAGCAUUUCAAGUGCCCAUAUAGAUCAGCAGGAAGACUCUGUCUGCCGGGUGUGUCAGCCAGACCUGCUGAAAUGCAUCUGAUGCAAUGGUUGUCCCCAUAUGGGUACAAGAGGUGAGUUUCAGAUUCACCACAGAACAGGGACAUUGAGCUACAUCUUCCCUUUGCAGUUUUCUCUUUGGUUGCCUGAUGACACUGUUGCUUUUCCAACCUCCUUUGCCAUUUUUGGGAGAUUGUUUUAGGGGCACCCACUAUCUAUAACGCUUUCCCUUAUUUUCAUGACAUUCAGAAAAUUUGAAGGCUUAAACUCAGGCAAGGGCACUUUCAAGUGUAUUCCGUGUCAUAUAUAGUAAAAGUAAUGUUCAUGCUCAAGUGGUAAAAGACAAACAUUGUCAGCAUUUAGAAGACACUUCAAAUUUGUUUUGUAACCUCAAAAAAUGUUAGAUUGCUUGAUCAACUGCAUUGCUGCAAAACCUCCCUGACUUACUAAGUAUUUGUUGUUUUUGUGUGAAGGUUUGUUUGAGCUAAACCGAGGUGGCCUGGCUCCAUAUGUUGAGUGGCACUGCCAUGAAAUCUGAAAGCACAGAGUGCAAAAUGUAUCUUGUUCUGUGCUGAAUGUCUCAAGCAUUGGGUCGGCAUGGUAGACACGUCUCUUCUCUUCUAGAUUACAACACUAAACAUGUUGUUUAAUGUGUUUGUAUCAAUACCAGGGCCAUUCUUUUGAACGAAGCACCAGCCUCUCUAUUCAACUGUUCCUUGCAAGGUGACAAGUAUUUUCUAAUCUAUGCUUAUAAUAACUGUUUGUUAUGCAGAAAGUACUUGAAGCCAUCUGUUUUACUCUAGUUUUUUUAAUCACUCUUUUCUUAAAAAUAAAUAAAACUAGGUUUAUAUUUAGGGUUAUGUUUCUUAAUGAUUUUUUUGUCAUGUUUAUAUCUGAGUACCUGACGGCUGACAACUGGUGUUUCAUUGUCAUGAGAGGAAGGGGGGUCCUUUCUGCACUAUGAGGGCUUUUUUCUAACGAAAUUCUGUGGUGUCAAGGGCAUGGUUGCAGCUUAAUUCUACAUAGCCUGGCUUUUCUUCAGCUAAUACUCUGCUUUGGUGUGGCUCCCUACACAUCCAGGUAACUCAUUGCAAGGGGGAACCUAAAAACCUCAUUUAUGGUUAUUGCAGAGGAGACCUAAAAGGCUUCUUCUGGUCUGUCCUGAGCCAUGGCUGUGCUUUCAUACCACAGCCAACCCACUCCAAUAGCCUUAAUGUAGUCUUCAGGAGUGACUUUGGAGGACAGAUUAUCUAUGUUGAUGACUUAAAUACCAGCUGUACUUUUCUCAGUCGUUCUGAGAACUUUGUGAUGUCAUCAAAUGUUAUGAGAAACAUCAGUGUGAGUCUUGAUCGUGUGAAAGAUUUACGCCUGUGGGUGAUUAGAGUUGGGCUCUGAAAUGAAAUCAAUCACAGCCCAUUGUUGACCCUUGCAAUGGGUUUUUUCCCAGCUGGAGCCAAACGUGUGACCCUCCUGUAAUGUGGUGAACAGCCUGCAAGUCAGUAGUUCGUCCUCCUCUCUCAUGUAUUCGUAUUGAAAGAGGAAGAAUCGUCAUCUUGUCGGCUGCUGAUGUCACUUCUGCAGUGCCUGUGACUCCCCAAUGAGGAGCGGCACCUGUAAGUGAGGAAUCCUUCUCGCACAGGGAAGGGUGCUGGCACUGUGAGCGAUGGUAAUUUUCAGAUUAUGUGCAUCAUUUUCCAUCUCAGUUAGAAAUGCAAGACAGAGGAGAGACAAAAAUAAUAAUAGAAAAACCUCUGUGGUUAUAGAAGCCUGUUUGCUUAAAGAGUGUUUAAAGAACUGGAGGAAGAUCUUUCUGUGAAUGCUUUUUGUUCUCUGUGGUCAAAAUGUAGCUUUUUACUCAAAAGAUUCUAAUAUACAGAUUUGUUGGAGACUAUUUUGUUCUCACCCCAUUUCCUUAUUCAAAGUACACUGAGACAGCACUUAGGGGCAUGGUUUAGUGAGGGACUUGGCAGCGUUAGGAUUACGGUUGGAUCUCAAAGUCUUUUCGAACUGAAACAGUUCUGUGAUUCUAUGCCAGGUAAAUCACUUUGAAAUGUUUUCAAUGUCGCUAGGUUAAAGGUGCUUGUACUUCAAGAAUCACACACCCCUCUCUUUCACGAGACAGACAUUGGCACUGAGACUCGUCUCAUUACUACGUUUGUCACAGCUCACCUUCUCUCGUAGUCCUAGCAGACACACAGCUCAGCAGCAACUGCUCUGUCUAUGGGAUCUACAGGCCUUGAUAGGUCUUGAUCAUGUUAUUUGAGAUCAAUGACAUGUUUUGAAGGUACUGCACUCAUGUACUCAAUCAGAUGUUUCCUUAGCCAACAUUUGGGUUUUUUCUCUCUGCUUGGAACAGGAAGUUGCAAUCCUGCCAUUCGUCUUUAUCAUCAAGCUCAUCUGGGUAGUGGGGCAUCAGACCAACACACAUCUCUCUCGACUUCGAAGCUGGUCUGUAAGGUGGUGUCUUGAUCAUACAAAAUGUAGUUCCUAGUUUUGUGCAUUGCAUCAAUCUAUGUUGUUUAAAAAAGGAUCUAUGUUUUUAUAACUUGUUUUUAUAUGUAUACCAUGUGAAAGGAAUCACCAGGAUACUACAAACCUACAGAAAGCCUUAGUUUUCAGAGCCCACUGAUUACGUUAGAAUGUUUUAACCAUGUACCAGUUAUUCUACAGCAACAAUAAAGACCUGAAGCAUCA